UUCAAGGGGCCUUACCCUGCCCUCUGGGAGGUUGGUGCCAAAGGUGAAGAGGACAGAUGGGGCUUUGAAAGAAUGGCUCGACUCUCCCAGAAGGCAGCUAGCAUCCUCUCAGAUACCUGUGCCCUUAGUCGUGGAGACCGACUGAUGAUAAUCUUGCCCCCAACACCGGAAACCUACUGGAUCUGCCUGGCCUGUAUGCAAUUAGGAAUCACCUUUAUACCUGGGAGCCCCCAGCUGCCUGCCAAGGAAAUUUGCUGUCGAUUACGCAUGUCUAAGGCCCAGUGUGUUGUGUCUGGUGAGGUUAUGGCUCCAGUCGUGGACUCUGUCAUGUUCAACUGUCCCACCUUGAAGACCAAGCUACUGGUGUCAGAUAAGAGCUAUGAUGGAUGGCUGGACUUCAAGGAGUUGUUUCAAGUUGCCCCUCCAAGGAAGACCUGCGUGAGGACUGACAGUCAAGAUCCAAUGGCAAUAUUCUUCACCAACAGGAAAAUGGGUACUCCCAAACUGGUCGAGUAUUCCCAGUAUGGUCUGGGAAUGGGAUUUAGCCAGGCCUCCAGACAGUGGAUGGAUCUCCAGCCGACAGAUGUCUUAUGGAGUCUGGGUGAUGCCUUUGGUGGAACUUUAUCUCUGAGCACUGCCUUCGGAGCUUGGCUCCAAGGAGCCUGUGUGUUUCUGCAUCACAUGCCAACCUUCUGCCCUGAGACUGUUCUAAAUGCCCUGUCCAGGUUUCCCAUCACCACUCUAUCUGGAAACCCAUGGAUGUACCAGAAACUGCUUCAGCACAAAUAUUUCACCAGCUACAGAUUCAAGAGUCUGAAGCAUUGCGUGGCUGCAGGAGGAUCCAUCAGCCCUGGGGUGACUGAGGCCUGGAAUCGCAUCACUAAGUUGGACAUCUAUGAAGGCUACGGGCAGACAGAAACU